AUGAACAAUAAUUCCAUUGCCUUUCCUCUCUUUUAAAAUGAUCAACUCUCAAUCUUCUCUUCUCACUUGGCCGUUUUCUUUGGUUAUUAUCCGUCCUUUCCCUUUUUGAUUUCUAAGUUCAUCUCUAUCAAUGGCCAAAGAGCCAGUUCGUGUUCUCGUCACUGGAGCUGCAGGACAAAUCGGAUAUGCACUUGUCCCCAUGAUUGCCAGGGGAAUGAUGCUUGGACCUGACCAACCAGUGAUCCUUCACAUGCUCGAUAUCCCACCUGCAGUAGAGGCAUUGAAUGGCGUGAAGAUGGAGUUGGUGGAUGCUGCUUUUCCACUUCUUAAAGGCAUUGUCGCUACAACUGAUGUUGUCGACGCAUGCACUGGUGUAAGUAUCGCAGUCAUGGUUGGUGGCUUCCCUAGGAAGGAAGGAAUGGAAAGGAAAGAUGUCAUGGCUAAAAAUUUAGCAAUUUAUAAGUCCCAAGCUUCUGCUCUAGAGAAGCAUGCAGCUGCAAACUGCAAGGUAUUGGUUGUUGCCAACCCCGUAAAUACUAACGCACUAAUUCUGAAGGAAUUUGCACCAUCAAUCCCUGAGAAAAAUAUUACUUGCUUGGCAAGACUGGAUCAAAACAGGGCACUUGGUCAAAUCUCAGAGAGACUAAAUAUUCCGGUCUCGGAUGUUAAGAAUGUUAUCAUUUGGGGAAAUCAUUCAUCAACUCAGUACCCUGAUGUCAACCAUGCAACUGUUAUAACUCCAUCUGGGGAAAAGUCUGUACGAGAGCUUGUCAAUGAUGAUGAAUGGUUGCGUGGAGAGUUCAUCAUUACAGUCCAACAACGUGGAGCUGCAAUCAUCAAAGCUCGGAAGCUUUCAAGUGCACUCUCUGCUGCUAGUGCUUCUUGUGAUCACAUUCGUGAUUGGGUUCUUGGAACUCCUGAGGGAACUUGGGUUUCCAUGGGGGUUUACUCUGAUGGCUCAUACGAUAUCCCAGCUGGUCUGAUUUAUGCUUUCCCUGUCACAUGUCAAAAUGGAGAGUGGAAAAUUGUUCAGGGACUCCACAUCGAUGACUUUUCAAGGAAGAAGUUGGACUUGACAGCAGAAGAACUUUCUGAGGAGAAGGCUCUUGCUUACUCAUGUCUGUCGUGAAUUCCCUUUGCCGAAUACUGGGAAGAUGGACUGAACCUGUUUACAAUUAACAGACUUUGGCGAAGGAUAGACUUGUGAGGAUUGCUAUUAGGGUAAAGUCAUGUAGGUCCUAUCCGCAACUUGUUCUGUAUGUAGCCCUGCAAAAUUUUCCUCGACCCAGUUCUCUAUGCCAUUUUUGGAUUUAGAAAAUAGUUGUAACAGGGACAAGUUCGGCAGAAAUAGCUUAUCAAACUAUGGUCGUACUAUUGCCCGGGUAAUAGCUCAACCGGUAACAAAACUUUGGCCAAUAUUUUCAUUUGAUGCUAAUAUUUUUAAUUUUUUUCUUAUAUCAAACCUUUAAUCUCCGUUAUAAACUAUGGUACCUAUUAGAAAUUCGUUCAAUUUUUUAUGAUUUGGAGAGUGGAAUUCUGCAUCAGCAUACCACUCAUCA